AUGGAUGACUUGACCACGUCCUGCCCCCUCUACCGUUCGAUGACUACUCUGCCAUCACCCCCCGCUCAGUCUACACUGAGUGAGAAGGCUGUUAUUUAUCUAGACCACGUCACUGAAAAUAUUCCAAUCCUUCUCGAUUCACUUCGACCUCGAUUGGCCCCGCUCCGAGCGUACCUGUCCACAACACCCUUCCGCUCCGUCGCGCAAGUCUUGCCAUUUGAGAUCGACGAGACAACUGCUACUAUUUUCGCCGCGCUCACCGUCGCACUCCUCACCGUUUCCAUCAUGAGUUGGAACUCAUUUUCUAGUUUUUGGCGUAGUCCCGCCCCACAGGUCAGUGAUGCGGAUUUUAGCUACAUCACACCCGACGACAUCGUCGAACCACCCUCCAAUGCCUCAUUGCAGGAUAUGAAAUAUAUUGGCUCCAUAGGUGACUCCGAGCCAGACGUGAUCAACGUCCGCCACCGUGGCAAGAUUUACCCUUUGCAAUUCCGCGCCUAUGCUAUCGAUGACGGCCUUUUGACCGUCGGCCACCUACGACGAGAGGCUGCGUUGCAGCUGGGAGCGGAAAACCCGAAACAAGUGCGAUUGCUGUACAAAGGAACCAUUCUAGCAGACGACAGUCGUUCAUGCAAGGCGUCGGGACUUAAGCAGCACUCGGAGGUGCUGUGUGUGGUCUCUUCAGCCGAUCACGCUGCUGGUCCGAGUGACAAUUCCGACUCCUCCGCACCACGUGAGGUUGCAGAGCCAAGUACGAAAAAGAAGAAGAACAACAAGAAGAAGGGCAACAAGAAAAAGAAUGCGCCUGUCCCUGAAACCAUCCCGCCAGGUCCCCCCGUCGCCUCCAGUCAGCCGCUCACAUCGCCCAACCUCAAGUUAUUGCCCACUGCUAUGGAGCAGGUGACGGCCUUGACCCAAUACCUCAUUCAUGGCCUGUUGCCUCUGUGCCAAGAAUACAUAACGGACCCGCCAACUGACGCCAAGAAGCGAGAGUUUGAACACAAGAAACUGAGCGAGACCAUCCUCGCUCAGGUCAUGCUCAAGGCAGACUCGAUCGAACCAGACGGCAAUGUUCAAGUUCGAACUGCCCGCAAGGACCUCAUCCGAAAAGCGCAAGAAACCCUGAACGAAUUGGAUUCAGUCGCAAAAGAGGGAUAG